UUGAAUUUCUUUGUUUGGUGAUUCCUUCCACUAAUGGCUGCUUUCUCUGUGACAAACACCACUUCGCCAUCUUCAUGCCUUCUUCAACCACACCCCUCCUCAUCUUCAUCCUAUCCACUUGUAUUUCUAUCCUUACCUCUGCUUCAUGCUUCUGCUCUUUCUACCAACUUUCUUUUGCGCUUUUUAUGUUUAAAAUUGUUAUGUGUCUAAAAUUUAGGUCUCACUGCCAUAUAAUCGAAAAUUUGGGGUUUCCGGGAUGCUGGGACUUCCCUUCAAUUGGAGGAGGAGGUAUUGGAUUUGCUAUCUGAGCCUGUUUUUAUUGUGAUUUUUCAACUUGGUAGCAAUUUGGGAAUUGUUUCAACUUCUGGGGCGUGCUUGAUUGGAGUGAAAGUGUGAAAUGUUAAUGUAUCUAAACUUUAUUAUAAGUAUUAGCAAGUGAAUAACUUAGUUUCUUAAGCAUUUUGUCAGGGUUCCUUUCUUGACCAUGUGCAUGGAUUGAUAAAAAGCACUUUGGGAAUCUCUACCUAUUGAAAGGAAUUACCCUCCAGCGGAGAACUUCAAUGCGUGCAGUCAAUCAAAAUGCUGAAGAAGCAACUCUUGAAACUGAUAGUCCAAUCCGAAAAACAGAUUCUUACCAAGAUGGAAGAACAACUACUUCCACGGUGUGGGACCCAAGUAUUGAAGCCUGGUCUCAAUUCGCGAGGAGAGUCUCUGGUGAGUGGGAUGGAUUUGGAGCAGACUUCAGUAAUGAAGGAAAGGCAAUUGAACUACCCGAGUCCGUGGUGCCUGAAACAUACCGGGAGUGGGAAGUUAAAGUAUUCGAUUGGCAGACUCAGUGCCCCACUCUUGCUGAACCAGAUGAACGUCUUCUUCAAUAUAAAUCCAUUCAGUUACUUCCAACUGUGGGAUGCGAGGCUGAUGCUGCUACACAGUACAGCGUGGAUGAGAGGAAAGUGGGAGAAGGAAUUAGUGGACUUACUGCCUUUGCUUACCAAUCCAGUGGUUCUUAUGUUGCUGUCUGGCAAAAGAAAGAUAACAUACUAGAGUUGGAGUGCUGCAUGUUCAAUCCUCAAGAUUGUGAAUCUCGGGUUAGAGUUAUACAGUUUAUCCAUGUAUUAAAUAACACAGAGUUGGUGCUACAGGGUAUUAGAGUAUUUCGUGAGCAGUGGUAUGGGCCAUUCAGAAAUGGUGAUCAACUAGGAGGUUGUGCUAUACGUGAUUCUGCCUUUGCUUCUACCGCACCCAUGAUUGCUUCUGAUGUUGCUGGUAUCUGGAAGGGAUCUACUGCUGUCGCCAGUUUUAGCACUUCAAAUACUGGGAUCUUUCAAGAGCUUUUUGAUGAGAAAGUACAGGACUCUGUCAGAGAUGGAGACAGCAACAUAUUACUUCCGAAGCAGCUGUGGUGUUCACUUAAACAAACAAAGGAAGGUGAAACACUGAGUGAAGUGGGAUGGCUUUUAGAUCAUGGACAGGCAAUCACAUCAAGUUGCUUAUUCUCAAAGACUGCAAAGCCACAGGAAAUAUCAAUAGCAUUAGAAACUAGAGCUUUGGAAUAUGCAUAGCCGGCUAUAUUGGCAACCCAUUCUGACCCAAAUUUCUCCAUCCUAAAGGACAGUACUAUCCAAGGUGAUUUAUUCAAAUAUGAAUAGUUAUAAUUAAGAGAUAGAAAGAAAAAGGAAAGAAGAGAGAGGUGUCUAAGAUUUUACUUAUAAACUAAAAGCUUUCCGUAUAUAUAAUUUAUAUUUCAUGGCAAAUGUUUAAUCAUAUUUACUGUUUUUUUUUAA